GGCUUCCUCGUGUUCAACGCUUGUGGUGGUGGUACCGGUUCUGGCUUGGGCUGCCUCAUUCUUGAGCGCCUCAGUGUCGACUACGGCAAGAAGUCGAAGCUCUCCUUCACUAUCUGGCCCUGCCCUCAGGUCUCCACUGCCGUGGUAGAGCCUUACAACACAGUGUUGUGCGUCCACUCUCUCCUCGAGCACACUGAUGUCACUUGCCAGAUGGAUAACGAGGCUCUUUAUGAUAUCUGCCGUCGAAAUCUCGAUAUUGAGAGGCCCACCUACACCAACCUCAACCGUCUGAUUGCUCAGUGCAUCAGCUCCCUCACCGCCUCUCUCCGUUUCGACGGUGCCCUUAACGUGGAUGUUACGGAGUUCCAGACCAACUUGGUGCCCUACCCUCGUAUCCAUUUCAUGCUCACGUCAUAUGCUCCGGUCAUCUCUGCCGAGAAGGCCUAUCAUGAACAGCUCUCUGUCGCCGAGAUUACCAACUCCGUCUUCGAGCCCGCUUCCAUGAUGGUCAAGUGCGACCCUCGUCAUGGUAAGUAUAUGGCCUGCUGUAUGAUGUACCGUGGUGACGUUGUACCUAAGGACGUUAACGCCGCAGUUGCUACCAUUAAGACUAAGAGGACUAUCCAGUUCGUUGACUGGUCCCCUACUGGUUUCAAGUGUGGUAUCAACUACCAGCCUCCCACGGUCGUCCCAGGUGGUGACCUCGCUAAGGUUAUGCGCGCCGUGUGCAUGAUCUCCAACUCCACCGCCGUUGCUGAGGUCUUCUCCCGCAUUGACCACAAAUUCGAUUUGAUGUACGCCAAGCGUGCCUUCGUCCACUGGUAUGUUGGCGAGGGUAUGGAGGAGGGUGAGUUCUCUGAGGCUCGUGAGGAUCUUGCUGCUCUAGAGAAGGAUUAUGAAGAGGUUGGCAUUGAGACCGCUGAGGGUGAAGGAGAGGAGGAAGGCUAUGGUGAUGAAUUUUAAGUGCAUUUAAUAUGUGAACAAGCAACUAUUGUAUCGGUAUGUGGAGACCUCCUGCACAAGCAACUCCAU